AUGGUCUCCGUCUCCAAUAUUUUGCUUGCUGGUUUUGCUUUAGUUAUGGCUGUUAGUGCUGUUCCUUCCCCUGAUGUUCAUGCUUUACAAAAGAUGGAAGAAUACAAGAAGAUUGUCGAAUCCAACUACACCCUCCAGCCCCGUAGCUGUACUGAUACCUGUUGCAGUGGUGCUGCCUCUUGCUGUACUGUCAAUGGUGGUGUCUGGAAAGAUGAGACAUCAGGCAAAUAA